GCCAAAAAAUACACAUAAAAUUCAACCGUCUCCUUCUCUGUUUGCGAAAUUCCUAGGGUUUUAACAUUUUAACCAAAAGCCAAAAAUCACCAUGAAAUUAGCUCCACUAGACAGUAUACAAAACGCACACGACGACUCCAUUUGGACGGCGUCAUGGAUUCCGUCGACGGAGGAAUCGCCGGCGCUACUUCUCACCGGAGGUCUUGACGAAACCGUGAGGCUCUGGGAUCCGAAAAACCUCACUUGUAUUCAAACUUUCACCGGUCACUGCCUCGGCGUCGUAUCUGUUACAUCUCAUCCUACUCGGAGAAUUGCGGCAUCGGCUUCUAUAGAUAGCUUUAUUAGAGUGUUUGAGGUUGAUACUAAUGAGACCAUUGCUACUCUCGAAGCUCCUCCUUCCGAAGUCUGGCAAUUGCAGUUUAGUCCCAAUGGUAGCACUCUGGCAGCAGCUGGUGGUGGUAGUUCAUCGGUCAAGCUAUGGGAUACUACUCAGUGGCAACUUAUUACCACAUUGUCAAUUCCUCGUCAAGGAGCCGCCCCACAACCAUCUGAGAAAAGCAGCAACAAGAAAUUUGUCCUUUCAGUUGCAUGGAAUCCUGAUGGUAGACUUCUUGCUUGUGGUUCAGUUGACGGGACUAUCUCUGUUUUCGACGUAGCACGUGCCAAAUUCCUUCACUUCUUAGAAGGCCAUAGCAUGCCUGUGCGAUCUCUCGUGUUUUCACCUUCGCUUCAUGAUUCAAGGAUACUCUUCUCAGCAUCAGAUGAUGGUCAUGUACAUGUAUAUGAUGCUGAGGGUAAAACCUUGCUAACAUCUUUGUCGGGUCAUUCAAGUUGGGUUCUGAGUGUUGAUGUCUCCCCAGACGGGGCAGCAAUUGCAACAGGAUCAAGUGACAAGACGGUUAGGCUGUGGGAUCUUAAAAUGAGAGCGGCUACACAGACUUUGACCAACCAUACAGAUCAGGUUUGGGCUGUGGCUUUUGGACCAACAUCAAGGACUGAUGUUCGGUCUUGUAUGCUUGCAAGUGUCUCUGAUGACAAGAGUUUAUCGUUCUAUCAGUACUCUUGAUUGUGGUGCGCUAAUUAUCUAUUUCAUGCUUGUAUGUCCGUAGGAUGUAAUGAUGUAUCAAGAAAAUCUUUGGCUUCUUUUUUGUGGCAUGCUAUCAUCUUUGAAGAAAAUAUACUGAAUUAGAAGCUCAAUUUUCCUCCUUUUUA